AUUGCUCUAUCCGAUUCCGGCCAGCAGCAGCAGCAGCGGCGAGUAAUAAUGGCGGCCAUGGCGAUGGUGUCCCUGCAACUCACAGCUGCGGCGAGGCCCAUGCGCAGCCGCCGCGCGCUCUUCGUCUCCACCUGCGCCGCUCCCCCUCGCCAGCGACCUCCUCCAAGCUCCACCAAAAACCGCCGGGCGCCGCGCCACGACGACGACGCCAGGAGGCGAAGUCCUCCUCCCAGGCCCACCCGCACCAGGGGCCCGCCUGGUCGCCACCAACAAUCCUACACGGACGACGACUACGAUGACCAAGACGAGGGGAGCUUCGCUGGGGGCACCCGGGUGGCCGCCAUGCCCAACCCGCCCGCGGGCUUCGUGCUGGACGACCAGGGCAGGUGCAUCGCCGCCGCCUCCAAGCGCAUCGUCACCAUCAUUGAUGAGACCAACAAGCGCCCAUUGGAGUGCAUCAUCAGGAGAGUGUUCCGGAGCACACAGGAGCAGGAGUGCAUGCUCCUUUGCCCAGUCGACAUGCCUGUGCAGGUCCUUAAGAGUGCCAAUUUCAGCGGCUGGGUUGCUAUUGAUGAUGACCAGCUUAAGGAAAUAAUUCCAUCCGUUGCAUAUGCGCUCGCUAGAGUGCAUAUGCACUUCGUGGAAAGUGGGUUCUGUUAUACGGCACGGGGUGGCUUCUGCUUUCCUGAAGACGCAAUUCAAGAAUUUCAUGAUUCUGAUGACGGCAGUGAUGGGGUACCUUUUGAAGGCGUAGAGAUUUGUUGUUUCAAUUUGGAUGGUGCACAUUAUAUGAUAUAUACACCAGUUGAUCCUCUUCUGUUCGUUGCAGUGAAGGAUAAAGAUGGUGUGCUACGCAUUGCUGAAGAUGAACUCAUGGAUGACCCUGCUGUUGUUGGCGCCAUAGACGAAGAGACAGAGUUCACCGCUUUGGUGGAGGAGGAAGAGGCCCUUCUUGAAUCAGUACUGGGUGAAAGAUGACCAUACAUGUAACCUAUAUUCAUGGUUGAUCAGAGCCGAAGAAUGCUAGGGAGGCCGUGACCAUCCAUCCACUUAGUAAGCUAGACGGCGAGAAGAUUUAUACGACAUAGGAAGGAACAUCAUAUCAGUGCUAAAGCAGCUUUAACUAGGGACUCAUGUUGAGCUGCUUCUCUUUGAUUAAAGAUUGCAAGCCAGCCAAGUUGUUCGUGCUAGCAUGGUUACUUGUUUAGGGGCACUAGUGGGCUCUCGGCUGGGAUUGGUUCCGCCCACCAGCUAUUUUUACUUUUUGUUGGGCUGACAGGCAGUUUGCCAAUGGCUUGUUUUUAUUUUUUAUUUUCCCUCUUUCUGUUCAACUCUGUCAGUGUCACUGCCUUUUGGACAGAAGAGCAAGUUCAAUAGCAUAACCAACUACUAGCUCUAAUUCAUCUA